UCGAGCUCAAGAGUUUGUUAUAGUUAGACGAUUUAUCGAGAAAUCCGUUACAAUAGGGAAAAAUGUUAUCGUUUGGCACACAGCCUAGGCCUUCCAUACAAAAUCAUCUAAGCUAAUCGCUUAACGUCAUUGUAUAAACAUUGUAUAAAUUAUGUUAGAGAUACAUUUAUCCAUUGUAUAAGCCUUGAAUAUAUUGUAGAUGUAUACAAUGCAUUUAUCCCUGCAUAAAUAAAACACGUCUACUAUUUAUAACUUCUGUAAUGUAAAUGGGAAAAUGCCUUUUGCAGAUAUUAAGUGUAUUCGGGAAGUAAGCAGUGAAGACAGUAAUUAUACAGCUGAAAAUUUAAUAAAACAUACUGCAAAAAAGUGGAAAACACAAACUUGUGGUGAAAGAGUUGCGUUUAUUGUUUUCGAAUUAAGUGAGCCACACAUAAUUACAGGUAUUGAUAUUGGAAAUGAGCAUUCUGCUUUCAUAGAAGUAUUGGUCAGCAAAACUAGUUGCAGCACAAACAAUUUUACUGAAAUUUUGGUGACUUGUUCGUUUAUGACUCUUAUAGAGAGUAAAAAUUCUACCAAUGUCAAUCGGGUCCGUUGUUUUAAUAAAGAAGCAUUAGUACCAACAGCAGCAUCUGAAAAGUGGCAGUUUAUUAAAGUGAUUUGCAGUCAACCUUUCAACAAACACGUACAGUAUGGAAUAUCGUUUAUUAAACUGCAUGUCGAUUCUGAACUAAAUAAGAAAACUAUUCCUUGUGAGCAUAAGAAACCAAUAACUACAAAUAACGUGACUAAUUUCUCUGAGUCACCAAAUAACUCCCAACUGGGUAAAUUUAAAUUGCGAGAAGUGUCUCCAGAAUCUGACUCGGAAAGUUCAAGAUCGCUAUUUAAAAGAUGGAAAGUUUCUGAAAUGAAUACUAAUUCAAGAAGAUCUCCAAUAAGAAAUAAAACUGUAAAAACUAAUGAACCUGUUAACAAUGAAAAGUUGGCCAUUUUUUUAGAUCGUAAUCGGAAAGAACUUGGUUUUGGUAGCGAAGAAACGAGAGAUGGGGAAAUACUUCCCAUGAAAAAACAAAGACUUUUAAAAACUAUCGAGAUUGAACAUCAACAACUGCAAGCUAAAACUGAAAAAUCCAAAGUAUGCAGGGACAGUAAGAAAGCAGUUAUAAAUUCUUCAAAUGCAAAUAAAAGGCACGAAUAUUUCGGAGAUAAAGCAACAAAAAAAAUUGACAAAAGUUAUGACAUAGUCCAAAAGCAAAGGGAGAAACCUAUAAUAUUUCGACCAUUCCAUGAACUACUAAAAGGCACUGUUUUAGUUAUCAGUGGAAUACAAAAUCCUGAUCGUUCAGAUAUUCGGGAUAAAGCUUUGUCAAUGGGAGCAAGAUAUAGAGCUGAUUGGGGAACUGGUUGUACACACUUAAUAUGUGCCUUCAAGAAUACACCAAAAUAUAACCAGGUGAGUGGAAAAGGUAAAAUAGUUACUCCUGCUUGGAUAGAAGACUGCUACAAACAAAAGAAAUGUUUGCAUUGGCGAAGAUAUGCUUUGGAUAGCAGUGAUCUUAAUCAAUCCCACAGUGAGGAAGAGGUGCCAGAUGAAUCGCUGAGACCUAUUGAAUCAUCGGUUAACAACACUAAAUUCAAGCAACUUGAUUUAAAAGUACCAUUAUACAAUCCCUCUAAUAGUUCUAUAAAAGGCGCCGUGUCGUCAGGAAGUGAUACAGAUGAUGAUAUUCAACGUGUUUUACAGAAUAAUGUUGCAAAUGAAACCAAAAUAUUCAAAGAAAAAGGAGAUUUUGAUGUGUCUACAGAAGAAGAAGAUUAUUUGGACGUGAAGACAAAAUUAGUACGAAAAGCGAAGCUCAAAUAACAAUGUUAAUAUUUGUAUUUGUUAAGAAUUUAAAUUUUUAUAAAUAUAGAUGAAAAUUAAAUGAAAGUAAA